AUGGAGAUGCUCAUCGCCGUCGUUCCUAAUCGUGUCGUGAAUUUCUGAGGGAGUGGCGUUGCUUCUUCGCUGAAGUCCCUUUUAAAUAUGUAGGCCUAACUAUGUGUAACUCAGUGCUCAUCAUGGGGAAGAGAAAACGGAAUGCUAGUUCUUCGUGUACCGCCGAUCAAGAUGGGCACCUUGACGGCUUAAAUGGUAGCCUUGAUGAUGAUGAUGAUGGAGAGCCAGUGGAGAAGAAAGAGGAACCCAUCGACUUGGAUCUGGAUGGUGAGGGUAGCAGAGAGAACCAAUCUGUGGAUGAAGCCACAGUUACUUUGGGACAGUCUCUGGUGGUUGCCACUCCUGUUGUUCCUCUGAGAUGCAGCUUGAGGAUUCCAAAGCGGAUAAAGCAAUUGGACAAUGUGAGCUUGUCCACAGAAGUCAAGAAGGAAGACCCCACAGGAGGUGUGAAAGAGACAGAGAAAAUGCCUCCUACUUCUAAUCAAGAUGGUAGAAAGAAACAGAAGAGACCUUGGGAGUCUUGGUCAUUGGAAGACAAAAAUACAUUCUUUGAGGCUCUGAAUGAGUAUGGCAAGGACUUUGAUUCUAUUCAGAAUCACCUAGCCGCCAAAGUCAAGAAGCGAGGACUUGCAAAAAAUAAGGAACAAGUUCGACAUUUCUAUUAUAGAACAUGGCACAAGAUAUCUAAAUAUCUUCAUCCAUCUACAGAUAUCAAGAAGGCCAUUGUUGAACUGUAUGGGCUGAUAAAUUAUGGAGAGUUCCGACGCCGAGUGGGAGGUCAACUGGAUGAGAAAACUGGUGCACUGUUGAAUCGCCUUGUUUAUAAAGGGAGUACAACAUCUCGUCUUCGUGGUCGGAACAUCCGCAUCAAAACUCCUGUUUGCAAAGCCCUCAAAAAGAUCAAUAAUGUUGAAGAACCAAAGGAGGAUGAAAAGCUCCCUGCAACUGUGGCUUUGGAGCUACAACCUCUUUCCAACUUUUCUUGGAUUUAUGUUCAGAGUUCUGCCCAAAAUCCUCGUGUGUGCAUCACAGUCCCUCUCCAGUGUCGCAUCUCAUCACUGAUUCAAUGUUUGAAGCACAAGUGGAAGCCAUCACAAGUCAAACUUUUGGAAAAGGUCUCAGAGACAGUUGGGGAAAAUGACUGUGAGACCCCUCUACCAAGAAGAAGUGCAGAGGAUCUCCGGUUGUUCCCUCCAAAGAACUGUGAUAUCAAAUUCAUUUCACCGAGUGCAAAAGAAGUGCUACAUACAUUACACUCCUCCCUGGGGCGUCUUCGUGACCGACCCACAUCUGCAGGUAUUACUAGUGAGACCCUCAGUUUGGACAGCUUGUAUGAGAGGGCAUUGCAAGGAAAAGUGGAUGUUCUUGCAAAGGAGCGGACUUUUGGACCAAAGCGAGGCAAAAAUAAAGUAAAUUCAGUCAAAAAUGGAGAAUUGAAGCAGCCAGAAUAUGAAAUACAUAGUGAAGAUGAUAUUGGUCGAGAAGGAGAUGUGAGUGAGGAUGAAAGGGGAGUGACAUCACAGAGUGAUGGUGAAAUGGGUGAUGUUGGACCAUCAGGUGAUACCAGGACUGUUGAAAACAUUCAUGAGGUUGCUCUCCAGCAGUUGCGGGAUCUUGAUAAAAUGGCAUCAUGUCCUACUGAAGAUCCAGGUGAAGCACUCCUCUGUGAAUGGGGAAGAAGAGCUGCACAAGUCACUGUUGAAGAGAAAGUUACCAUGCAAGUAGCUGAAGCACGAGAUGGAAAGCUUUUACUUGCUGGGACAUUAAAGGAAAAGUUGGGGAACCGAGAUGCUAAGGAUGGAGAAUCAUCUCAAAGUUCCAAUGAGAAGGAUCCAGAGGCAAAAAAACUUGUGGCAUCUAUGAGAGAAGGCUGGACAGAGAGUUCUGCUGGUCUUCUCACAGUUGGAGAGCUCUUCCUCAUGCUUGGAAAGCCUUCAGUCUUGAGGUUGGACUAUGAGUGGGAAGGGGAGAGAGGUAAAAUGAAGAGAAAGGAGGAGGAAGUGAAUAAAAUUCCAGUUGAAGAGCUAAGUAAGGAUGAAGAAGAGGGCCAUGUGGUGCUGGUCACCAACAUUCUUCAUAAACUUCUUUGCCUUCUGCAAAUGCGCAACAAUACAGUCAGCACACCCAGUAGACAUGGUUAUGAUGGAACUCCAAAAGGGCUUCUAUUCACCACUCCACCUAACAGGACAAAGUUGAUACAAAUUGAAGGAAUUGUGCCUCUGGAAUCAUCUGGGGACCCAGCAGCCAGUUGCUCAAGUUCCCUGCCUCCCUCAACAUCUUCAGAAACCCCUGCUUCUGUCUCUCUACCUUCUCAAUCUGGAGCAUCUCAAACCCUCUUUCGAGUUCCCACUGGGAUUCCUCCUCAUGCACGCAGCAUUCAGCAAAACAAGAUUCAGCUUAGCAAUGCUCAAGUAUUUCAGCAAAUUAAGCAGCUGUUGCCAACCUACCUGAAGGGGAGAGCAGGGGGUAGAAACACCAAGAUGGUGGUUGAGAGGGUGUUACCCCUUCAGCAGCCUUCAGCUGAAGACCAUUCCAAUUCAUCUGUGAUAGCAUCUCAGUCCCAGUCAUCUUCAUCAUCAGUCUCGGAGGCCAAACUCCUUCCAAUUACGAAUCUCAGGCCUCCCUUUACAAGGCCAAAGACAUCUCCACCUCUUCAGUUCCAUCAAGUACAAGUGAACUCUGAUCAAGAUCAGACCUCAAAUCGCCAGAAACUCAUAAUUAAGACAUCAGAACCAAGUGCAUUGCCUGAAUCGGCUCGGCGCUCCCUUUCAUCUCUCCUGAAUGCAACAUCCACAUUAAAGAACUCUGAAGAUAGCCGGAUGGUUGUGACUACUUGUGGAAAUGGACUACAGACCAAGUUCACUCUCACAUACUCCCGGUCUGCUUCAAACUUGGUGACAAAGAUCAGUUCAUGCAGUCAAAGCUCAGUGGUGUCAUCAAGUGAAGUGCCAAAACCCUCACAGAUUGAAGUACCUGUUGAACCAGAUUCAACCUCUUCACCUCCCUCACCUAAUACACUGAAUCUCCCGACAGAACCAGUAUUUGACAUGAACUUGGAGCCUUCUAACUGUAGCUCUGUCUUUUCUGAUCUCUUAAACCCUGCAGGAGAUGCAGAGAGUAAUCAAGCUCCAGCUUCAGCUUUGAAUACACCAACCAACACAAUGGCUGCAGAAGACACUGUCCUUAUACAAGUGACCCCUCCCACAAGUCCAUCAAGAGGACUCCAACAUGAUGAAUGGCUUGCCUCAGAAAUGACAGAUUUCUCUCUGAGCAGUCUCCUCCGUCAUCUUGAGUCUCCAGUGAAGGGAUCAUCCGCACCAUCAUCCUUUUCCCUUUGCGGUUUGGAGCAGGACUCCAGGCUGAGUGCUGAUAUAGAGCACCAAUUGCAGUGCAUGUUGAAUGAGAACAGUGUUGAUUACACUGCCAAGUUUGCUGAUCUGGCUGCCCAGAUUGCUGCAGCUCAAGCCUCUGAUGCUAAGACCAAGAAGUGAAUAUGGAUCUCAUUCCACUCUUGUCAUCAGGACCUCUCUUCUUGGUCUCCUCCUGGUUUCACAUCCAACUAUAGUUCCUUCAGAGCUGGCAUCAUUUAUCUAGUUACCAUUUUAUGUAUACAGUUGUUACUAGAGAACAGAAUGCAAUAAUGGCCUUUCCACUCUUGGAGAAAACUGUAGCAACAGUUCUGCUGUUUUCAUUCUUUCUAAGUGAGGUAUUAGUUGGUAUGCUUGUCACAGGACAGGUCCUCAUCAUGCACCCCAAUUCUCAUGUUAUGAUAGGCCCUAUUGUGAUUGCAGAGAUAGUUUGUUACAGGGUCCUGCUUUUGAACAUCUUGCAAACGAUUUUUUUUGUGUAAGUUUUCAUUUGUGACUCAAGAAAUCUUAAGAUUUCUGCCAGCUGUAUUACAGAUAUAUGAACUAGGUAAAGCAUUUAUCUGGUGACUGCUCCCCGUCUUGAUUCUGUCCAUUCUGCUUAAAGGCUUUCUUAAGAAUCUUUCUAUUUAUACUUUUUGAGGAGGCCUUAUGCUUGAUCAGACAACUUUGUUAUUCAAGUUCAAGUUUUUAAAUGUGAGAGAUCCCCUUUCCUGGCAGAACCUCACUCAUAUUGAUUGCCUAAUGUUGUCUUGUUGACAAACAAGCAGCUGUGACCUCAGGCAUUGUUCAGUUGUUUUUUGUAGAUUAGAGGAUAUUAAUC